GAUCGUACCCAUAACAAUCGGCGCGCGAGGCAAAACAACAGUUGCCCGUUUAAAACAAUCAGUUGGACUGCAAUAUCCACCCACGCAAACCGCAUCCAUGACGAACUUCGUGUUAUAUUUAUAUUUAAAGUGAAUUAAACAUUUUAAACAAAAUUAAAAUUAAUCUCGCCGAGUUUUAAUUGGCAUAAAAUUAAACAGAUUAAAAAUUCAAUUAUUUGGGAAACAAAUGCCGGAAUAUCCGGUAGGAUGUUAGUAUUAAGUUGAAAUGUGAUGUGGCAUUAACGAACGGAAAUGAAUCGCAACGUGUUCAUAGCUUUUAUUUGCACAUUUCUUGCCGUUACUUUUCAGACGACAGACUUUCAAGACAACCUUAUCAAUGGAUAUAGGACAUUAAUUGCCGACAUACAAGUGAGGACGCAGAAGUCUAGAGAAGACAUGGACACUCUAGUGUCACAAAUAAAAUUACUCAUGAAAAACGAAGCCGAUAAAGCUAUCAAUUAUAUGACGGUCUAUCUUGAACAAAUAUCUUUAUACUUUCAGAUAAUAAUUCACGACCGCAAGCCGCGUAACGGAACGUACUGUAAGGAAAGUAUUGUGAAACUUUUGGGGGAAAAUUUACAACUGGCUGAUGAGAACGUAACGUUAUGCCUUGCUCUCGGAUAUCAAAGGGUACAAAGGCUACCAGAAAAGCUACAAGUCCACUUCGAAACUCUGGAAAACUUAAAAAAAUAUUCAGCAUCAAAAUUAUUCGAAUGCCAGAAACAGCAGCAAGUUGGUGGGAAUUGCUCUCACGAGAGUCAAGACCUCGAGAGGACAGUUUUUCUGUACGAAACAUCACCAUUUCCUGUUGUGAUGGCGGAAAUAGCUAUACACGGGUUUAAAGAGGUAUCAGAUCUGAGUGUUUGUCUCAAAGAUAUUAUAUCAAGAAUGAUGACUCACUCCGUCAAAGUGAUAGGAGACUUCAAUAGAUGUAUCCACAACAUUGAAAUGCCUAAGUUAAAGUAUUUGUUGAAAUUCAUGAAGAAAUAUGCGUAAACCAAUAAGGAUAAAAAGCAUCCCAUUUUGUACAACCUAAUCAACAUUAAUUAGAAAAAACCUUCUGUACAUUAAAUCUUAUUAAUUUUGAACUAAAAGACUUGGAAAAAAAAAUAACUGUGAAAUAAAUCCAAUAAAACUCAAUUUUAAAGUUUAGAUUGUACUUAAUACU